UUAAAUAAUUUAAUAAAAUUUACUUUUACUGAAAUCUCAAUACAAAGUGCAUUAUGAUCAGUAAGGUGUGCAAUGGAACUUUCUCUGUUAAUUGAUUUACUUAGCAAAGGUAAUCGAAGAUGUUUUCUUCCACCAGAGCCUUAGUGGGUCUUGACAUUAUUUUGCGUACUACAUGGAGGAAAAGAGCAGCCUUCAACAAAGCAAGUUCCCACUUCUCUCUUGCCUGCCAAGAAGGAUGUGUGAAACAUCAUUUCAAUCCACCCUGCCCUUGUGAUUCCCCACCCCUCCCCCGCCGUUUCCUUUUCUGAACGAGGGACGGUGGCAGAUGGCCUCGAGUGGGUAGAAACGGAGCGUUGAUCAACAGUUAACUUGGCUCCGAAGCCCAUCUAGGCUGGCGCAGUUCCCCUCACCGUGUGCCAGAGAGAAAGGGCGCGAGUUAAGUUUCGCCCCUCAGGAAGAGAGCGAGCGGACUCGCAAGCGGAGGCUCGUCUUUGACCCCUUGUUGCUUCUUUCGGACUUCCGAGAAGAGGCGGCCAGCUGGAGGGGACCCGAGCGGGGUCGGGCUCCACUUUACGGCGUCCUCUAACCUGUGCCGCUGCAGGUGGGAGGCGAGGAGCUGCUCCUUCGGAGAGGCGUGAGGCAUCGGGGAGCAGCAGGUGGAGCGUUUUUCCUGCUUUCUGGCCAAACUGAGGGGCAUCCGCUGCCGGGUGCGGGGAAGAUAAGAAGUCCCUCUCCCCCUCUCCCUUUUUCGUCGUGGUCCGUCGCUGAGGCGAUAAUUGAGGGGGGGGGGCGGAUGACGCCACCGAACCUCUUCGCCUCGUGAAUGUCGAACAAAGGAACUUCUGCCGAAGGAGAAAAGGUGGAAAGGGAGCCGGGGCUCUUCCCUUGCCGGAGGCUCCUGCCGUGAGCGAGAAUGCGCGCGCUCCUUCCGGGAGCUAAAAGCCACGAGCGGACCGGUUUUCUGCCGCUCCAGUCGCCUUUUCGCCCGGAUUCCCUCACGGGUUCGGAGAAAUUCGGUGUUCCCACUCCCGAGUCCGUUUAUUUUCCAUUGGGGAGAAUUGGCCUUAGGGUUGCUUUCUGAAUCAUCCCGCCUCCUUCUUUUCUCUCUCUCUCACUGUCGCUUCCUCUUGGAUGGUUUCGAAGAGUCGCCCAUUCGGAUGAGGAGUGUCACUGGAGGUGUCCUAUUUCCAUGCGCUGCUUGCCUUGUCGGAAGGUGCGAGAGCGAAAGGCAAAAACCCAGAACUGCGCUGUGCUACGUCUAACCGGACCUCAUUGUGCUCCGACCAGGGCAGUUUUGCGGAGCGAAUUUGUCUGGAGCUGUCCUUUCGCUGGAAGACAAGCAGCUCUUCGCGCCUUCCUUCGAGCAUCUCUUGGCUUCCCAAAACUAGGCUGGAGGCGCGCCGCUUCCACGAGGUUCUUCUCCUGGUCCCGCCAUGGCCUUCACGUUUGCUGCCUUCUGCUACAUGCUCUCUCUGGUCCUGUGCGCUGCUUUGAUCUUCUUCGCCAUCUGGCAUAUAAUUGCAUUUGAUGAGUUAAAGACAGACUUCAAGAGUCCUAUAGACCAGGGCAACCCAACACAUGCGAGAGAGCGGUUGAGAAACAUUGAACGGAUCUGCUUUCUUCUGAGAAAGUUAGUGUUGCCAGAAUAUUCCAUCCAUAGCCUUUUCUGCAUAAUGUUUCUGUGUGCUCAAGAAUGGUUAACUCUGGGCUUGAAUAUUCCCCUGCUUUUCUAUCAUUUUUGGAGGUAUUUCCAUUGUCCAGCAGACAGCACAGAGCUAGCCUAUGAUCCACCUGCAGUUAUGAAUGCAGAUACCUUGCGUUAUUGUCAAAGGGAAGCCUGGUGUAAACUAGCUUUCUAUCUCCUCUCAUUCUUCUACUAUUUGUACUGCAUGAUCUACGCUUUAGUGACUUCCUAAUUCAACGAUUAUGUAAAAGACUGAAAACAAAAGUGACCGUAUAAAGAUCCACCCUACAGUGAUGCCUAAUACUAAACCACAGCAAAGAAAUGGAAACUUUACAUCCAGGAACCGUACAGGAUAUAAAAGAGCGAGAGAUAAAACCCUAUAAGAAUAACAGGUGACAGCACAAGUGGAAAAAAAAUCAAGUGAUGGAUGGCUAAGCAAGCUCAUUUUCUUCUUUCCUCCCUUUGUUUUAAAACUUGCAUUUUUUUAUAUCCCAGGAUAAAAAAACUAGAUAUUUAUAAUGUGUGAAGUAGACAGUUUCAUCUGCUUGUGAUGGAGUAUGACUUUUAUUAUAUUAAUUUGUCUUCAGAGUGCAGGUUUUGCCACAAACAAGAUUGUUUCUGUAGCCUUUUUUCCCAGAGGAACUUGAAAGCAAGGCAACUAUCCUCUGGACCUGUGGUCAAGUAGAUGCAGAUAAUAGAUGCGUGCAAUAUUCUGCAUUCAAUCAUAUGCUAGAAAAAAGUUGUGAAACUUUUUGCAAUUUCAGUGACUGAAGAAAACAUAUCUUGGGAGAACACAGGGCCAAACACAUUCAAACUGCACUCAGUUAUUUUUUGUGGUUGAUGCUAAUGUUUCAACUAUGCUGAAUUAGGGUAGGUAGUGUGGUAAAAUAAUAUUAUGUUAUAUAUAAUAAUACAGUUAUCUCAAGCAUUCUAUAAUAUUGCAUUUCUCUUACUGGAGGAAAAACAUGUCCUAGUAAUGUAAUGAAUGCCUCAACAAUGUUCUACACCCUGCAGUACAUAUUAAAAAGUCCAGUUUACUUUUGUCUGGAGAUCUGUCAUAUCAAAGUAAUUGCUUCAGUUGAAUGAAAUCAACGGCCUCCCUCCCUCCCUCCCUUCCUAUGUAUCCAGUAGAUCAACAACAUGGUCGAUGUUGUAGAACAAAAUGCCAAUUGUUUUUCAUUUUGUGUAGUAUCUUUCAAAUUUUGUUUUGAGAUAUGCUCACAAAGACAGUAAAGAUCUAUGCUGAUAUAUUUAACACUACAUUCCCAAACAUUGGCUGGGGAUAAAACCAGUGAAAUUUUCUUCUGAAUUCAUACAAUUAAGAGCGCUCCCUAUACAAAAAACUGCCAUAGCUUAUGAGUUUUGAAGAGAGAAAAGAUAAAUUGUAUAAUAGCCUAAAAUCUCAGCAGGAUGGCACAUCUGCAUUAAUUGAUAUUUUAUGUUGAACAGAGUGGAACAGCUUAUUCCUUCAGCCUCUCAUUUUUCCCAUCAAUGUGCCUACUGAAAACAUAGAGUACAAACGACUUCCUGGAAAGAAGGAGAAACUGGUAGUGCAACAUGUAUGUUUUUAAAAUAUAUUUAUUUAUUUAUUUAAAUAUCUAUGUACCUGCCAAUUGUAUGCAACAUAGCCACAAGCAGCUCACAAACAAUAGAAACUACAAUAAAAACAAAAACUAAAAUACAAUUUUGCUAAAGUACAAACAAAUGUAGAAAGAAAUUAUGGAAAGAAAUAUAAGAUAACACAUAUUACACUUAUAUGUGUGUGUGUAAAACACCAUACUAUUAUAUGAUAUUGCAUACCAUUAUUGUUUGUUUAAAACACAAUACCAUUAAAAGCAACUCAAUUUGAACGAACUGAACCUUAACUGCACAGUGAUAUGGAUAAUCCUUUGUUUAUGUCUUCAAAGAACCAGUUUAAAGGUGGAAAGUGAACACAUUUAUUCAGCUCACUAUUUUACACCAGGGCUUGCAGUGUCUAUCUAAUUGUGUAUUUUAAGUACACAAUUUAUUACACCUAAGCCUAAUAGAUCUUAAUAAAACAACAAAUUCUAAAUUUUUAGUAAGCAUGUAUGUUUUAUGUUCUCAAAGUCACCUGUGAAAAGGCAUAAACCAUGCUAACUCAGAAAUUAGCUCUAUUCUAUUCAUUGGUUCAUGUUCCCAGAUAUAUGAGUAUAGGAUUGUUGUCUAAAAUGAUAUUCCUGUGUACAUUUACUUGAGAAUAAAUACUAUUGACUUCAGCGGGAGUAUUAGUUUCAUCACCUACUAGAAAUGGGGUCAUUUUGUCAACAGAUUUUCUGAAAAUGCCACCAAUAGUCAUUCUACAUUCAGCCCAUAAACUUAAUCUUUUGACUGUCCAUUUACUACAUUUUUUGGCCAAAUUUUUGGACUUCAUUGUUUAUAUUUGUGUUACCCGAAAAUAAGACUGGGUCUUAUUUUCGGGUAACACAAGUAUAAACAAUGAAGUCCAAAAAGACUGGAUCUUAUUUACUUUGGGCCCCCAAAAUAAGCACUAGGCCUUAUUUUUGGGGGUCUUAUUUUUCCCCAUGUACGGGAAGUCAUCCAUACCCUGACACCUGCCUCACCUUGUGGCCAUGGCAUCAAAACGCAGCUUGGCCUCCUGCUCUAUUGCGGCCGGGAGCAAGUAGAAGAAAUGGGCCAGUGGCCAUGUGGGCUCCUGCUGCACAUGACUGCCAGUGCUGCCACUGCGAGGCAGGUAUCGGGACAUGGAUUGCCUGACUGUGGGGGCUCUGAGGUAAGCUGGUGUGGGGCACAUGGGGCAGCUCCACCCCCCACCUCACCUCGUGGCCAUGACACCAAGAGCAACCAGACAGAAUGGUUGGGCGGGUGGCUCUACAGGCUCUUAAGUAGGGCUUAUUUUGGGGCGGUAGGGCUUAGAUCAGCAGUUCUCAACCUGUGGGUCAGGACCCUGUUGGGGGUCGAAUGAAGAUUUGCCAGGGGUCGCCUAAGACCAUCGGAAAUAUGGGAAGUAUACUUGUGAGUUGAAGAAUCGCGCUCCAAUGGUUGACUCCACAAGCCAGCUGCAGGCUCUUCAAAUCGCUAGCCGAAUUCGGCUUCAGGCAUGAUGAAUUAAAAAAGAGAGAAAUCUUUGCUCUGAUGUCUCCCUCUCAAGCCAGCUGCAAUCAUUCCCAAUCGCUAGCCUAAUCUGGCUUCAGGCGCGAUAAACUUAAUAGGGGAGGAGUCUCCGCUUUAAUGCCUCCGUCCUCAAGGCAAUCGCAAGCAGUUCAGAUCGCUAGCCAAUGCGGCUUCAGGUGCGAUAAAUUCAAAACGAAAAUAAUUUUAUGGUUGGGGUUGCCACAUCGUGGGGAAUUGUAUUAAAGGGGUCGCAGCACUAUAAAGGUUGAGAACCACUGGCUUAGAUGCACACGUAAAAACAUGCUAGGUCUUAUUUUCAGAAUAGACCUUAUUUUUGGGGAAAUGGUACCUAUCUUGCAUUUUUUUCUGAUGAAAAAUUCUAGAGGUUGAAUAGCUUGCACAUCAUUUUGUAUUAUCUUCCUUGUAUGCUAUGAAAGUAUUAUUCAGCUAUGGAUUUGGAAUAUUUAUAUAAUAUGCUAUAAAUUAAUUUUUCUAGAACUGGAUAAUAUUAAACUUCAUGCUUUCAGUGCAUAUGUUCAGUGAGGUACAUAAGGUUAAUGGGUGUUUGGUAAAAUAAAUUAAAACAGUAAAUAUUUUUAAUAGACUGUAACAAUGACAAUAUUGUUAUAUUGUCUAAUGCUUGUUAGUAACACUGCUGAAAUUCAAA